GCGAUUGUCAUAAAGCGCCUCAUCUUAUACAGACAAUUUGCUAUCGACACAUACUCACCAUUGUCUACUCUGCCGUUCGCACAUCAGGAGCGUAUUAUCAAAGCUUAAGAUAGUUCUAUCCUCAAAACGACUAAUCGCUACAUACAUACACAUAUACAAACAAACGCUCAAACUUGAACCGUGUCGACUGGUACAGCUUUCAUUCCGAUUAAACCUCACAUCUUCAGCCACCCACCAAAUCCAAAAUGGCCAACUACCUCGCAUCCAUCUUCGGUACCGAAGCCGAUAAAGUAAACUGUUCUUUCUACUACAAAAUUGGCGCCUGUCGCCACGGUGAUCGCUGUUCCCGUAAACACGUCAAGCCGUCGUACUCGCAGACCAUCCUCCUCCCCAACCUCUACCAGAACCCUGCCUACGAUCCCAAGAACAAGAUGAAUGCUUCGCAGCUACAAAAUCACUUCGAUGCCUUCUACGAGGAUUUUUGGUGCGAGAUGUGCAAGUUUGGAGAGAUUGAGGAGGUUGUCGUGUGUGAUAAUAACAAUGAUCGUAUGUCUCUUUCCCCUUCCCACUCUCAUUUAUCCAGAAAUAUAGAAAAAGAGAAACGGCUAACACGUUCCUUUUAGAUCUAAUCGGCAACGUCUAUGCGCGCUUCAAAUACGAAGAUUCCGCGCAAAAAGCAUGCGACGCCCUCAAUUCACGCUGGUACGCCGCCCGGCCCAUCUACUGCGAGCUCUCCCCUGUCACCGAUUUCCGCGAAGCAUGCUGUCGUCUCAAUAGUGGCGAGGGAUGCGUACGAGGCGGCUUUUGCAAUUUCAUCCAUCGCAAGAAUCCAAGCGAUGAGUUGGAUCGCGAGUUGGAGUUGAGUACGAAAAAGUGGUUGAGGAUGAGGGGAAGAGACGAGAGGAGCGUGACGAGGAGUCCGAGUCCCGAGCCUACUAGGAAGAGAUAUGCAUGAUAUGGAUCUAGAGAUGGUGGAAUGUUUAUUUGGCGGGAUGAGGUGGAUGGGCAAAGUGAGAGUUUGGGAUAGGUUGGCAAUGCUCACUGAGAAGCGAUUAGGUUGGAGAAUACCGUCUCAAAUACGAAACGGAUACUCGAAGUGUCCGACUUUUAUUUCGGUGUUCCUUCCACGACCCUACAGACAAACUAAAAUACAAAUUAUGCCAUGUCUCCAGUGGAUAUGCGCCAAUCUCGGUGUAUAUUCGAAAUCGUCAAGAGGUCAGUCAAUUAGUGGACUAAUCCAACGAAGAUUCAGCAUCACAUGCAGGAGAAUUCUUUGUGUGAUUAGGGAGAGUAAAUGGGGUUUCAAUGAAGUUAUAGUCAUAUCAGGCGUUUAUGGUCAUCUAUUCAUAUCAACAAGUUGGCAACACCACCAAAGCAAAAGCAUAGGCAAGAAAGACAGCAGGAAGCUGCGCAUGUAUAAUCAACGCAUAAAAAAAAAAC